AUGUCCCGUCUCAUUGUAAAGAAUCUACCACCGUACAUCACACCAGAGCGCCUUCGGAAGCAUUUUGAACAGAAAGGCUGCCCUCAGGGUACCCUUACUGACCUCAAAGUUGCUCACAAGCAAGAUGGGACUUCACGUAGAUUCGGUUUCGUCGGCUACAAAACGGAGGAGGAGGCCUCAGCAGCGAAGGAAUGGUUUGACAAAACCUUCAUUGACUCUGCACGAAUAUUCGUCAAUGUUAUCGAGGGUGCCAAGGAUGCACCAGCUCCUCGACCGAAUAAACGGCCACGACUAGAUCCUCCUGCUGAUAUGCCCUCUAAGCAGUCAACGAGGCCAACUACGAAGACGGCUGUCAGAGAGGAUAAAGCCAAGUCAGCGAAGGAGUCGCGUUUGGACGAGUUCAUGGAAGUUAUGCAGCCGCGGACGAAGAAAGGACCCUCGUGGGCUAAUGAAGCACAGCAAGAGGCAUCGACAAGUUCACGUACUCUGGACAUGGAUAUGCAGGAUCCUGAGGUGAACGCGCCGGAUACGGAGCCAGUGAAUCAGGAAGGUUUGUCAGACUUGGAUUGGAUGAAACGGCACCUGUCGAAGAAAGUGGACGAAGUUGAGAGGGUCUUCGAACAACCUGAUGACGAGGAACCUGCCUCCACCACGCCUGCCGUACCUGAGGCCCCGAAGGAUCCGACAGAAGAGACCAUACUACAAACGUCGCGUCUUUUUGUCCGGAAUCUUGCUUUCUCAUGUACAGACACCGAGCUUCAGGAACUAUUUAGUAGAUAUGGGGAGAUAUCUCAGGUUCACAUACCUCUUGAUGCGCAGACAAAACAAUCAAAGGGACUAGCAUAUAUUACAUUUGCACGGGCCGCCGACGCUGUCUCUGCAUACAAGGCUUUGGACCGCAAGUCCUUCCAAGGUCGUCUGCUGCAUAUCCUUGCUGCGGUCGAUCGUAAGAGCGCCUAUCAAGUGGAAGAGGCGGACGGAAAGAAACGAACUCUGAAGGAUGAGAAGAAUGCGAAGCGCAAGGCUGCCGCCAGCAAAGACUUUAAUUGGAGUAUGCUUUACAUGAAUAGUGAUGCAGUGGCUUCAUCUAUUGCCGACCGCAUGAACAUCGCCAAAUCCGAUAUAUUGAACCCAGAGUCGUCGGAUAAUGCCGCCGUCAAACUUGCCCUUGCAGAAACGCACAUCAUUCAGGAAACAAAGUCAUAUCUGGAAUCUCAGGGCGUCGUUCUAUCAUCUUUUUCAUCGCGGGCUCGUUCGGAAACAACCAUCCUCGUCAAAAAUAUUCCUUAUGGAACAAAUGAGGAUCAGAUACGACAACUAUUCGAGCCUCACGGGACACUCACGCGCGUCCUUGUACCUCCUGCGGGUACGAUGGCAGUAGUUGAUUUUGACAGACCCGAUGAAGCGAGCCAGGCAUUUCGUGCUGUUGCAUAUCGUCGGCUUGGUAAUUCCAUCGUUUAUCUGGAAAAGGGCCCCCUCGGCAUAUUUUCAGAUGCCCCUCCUGUUGCCACUGCGUCGAAAACUCAUGUUUCUUCCUCUCACGCUAUCACUAUCCCCGAACAAGCUGAAGAUGCCGCUGCAGGAGAGCCCUCUCUCUCCGAAGGCUCGACGCUAUUUGUCAAGAAUCUGGCGUUUUCUACGUCAACAGAACGCCUCAACCAGAUGUUCCGUAACCUACCUUCCUUUUCUUUUGCCCGUGUGCAGACCAAGCCGGACCCUAAGCGGCCUGAUGGGCGGUUGAGUAUGGGUUAUGGGUUUGUAGGCUUUAAAGACGUUGAAGGGGCUCGGAAGGCGAUGAAGAGUAUGCAAGGUUUUGUUUUGGAUGGACAUGCAUUGCACAUUAAGUUCGCCGGCCGGGGCGCAGAGGACGAGGGGCGCGGUAAAGACAAUACCACCUCGAAGAGUCGGACGACUAAGAUGAUCGUGAAAAAUGUGCCGUUUGAAGCAACUCGGAAGGACAUCCGGGAGCUUUUCGGUUCACAUGGACAGCUGAAAUCUGUCCGUCUUCCAAAGAAGUUUGACUCCCGUACGCGUGGUUUUGCCUUCCUUGAUUUUGUUUCCAGAGCAGAAGCGGAAAAUGCCUAUGCCGCGUUGCGUCACACUCAUCUUUUGGGCCGGCACCUGGUCCUUGAGUGGGCUGAGGAAGCUGAACAGGACCUUGAGGUGCUACGAAAGAAAGCGGGCGUGGGUUUUGGUGAUGGUAAAGCGAUACCUGGACGUAAAAGGAAGCUCGACAUGGGCAAUACCGUCGAAGGGGAGGCGGAUGAUGAGUGA